GUCUGUUCAGUCGGGCCGUGAUCUCUCAGCGGCCUCAGAUGAUGAUGAUGUUCAGAUGACACGGGACGAUCGCAAGGUCCAUCGCACACCUUUGCCGAAAAUGCAGUUGUUUCUUGUCAUCCUAAUCAUGUUCGCUGAACCCGUCAGCUCGACGGUCAUUUACCCCUUCGUUAAUGCCUUUGUUCGAGAGACGGGCAUCACUAGAGGUGACGAAAAGAAAACAGGUUAUUACGCUGGUAUCAUCGAAUCGUUGUUUUUCGUUGGAGAAGCGGCUUCUGUCGUCCAAUGGGGCCGUGCAUCAGAUCGAAUUGGAAGAAAGCCCGUCCUGAUGUUUGGCCUUGUCAUAUUGUCCGCAUCUAUGUUCAGCUUCGGUUUAUCUAAAACAUUCUGGCUCCUGGUCACCAGUCGAUUCAUACAGGGAGUUGCUAAUGGCAACAUAGGUGUCACAAAAAGCGCAAUGGGAGAACUGACUGACUCGACAAAUAUGGCUCGUGCAUUUGGCUACAUCCCAUUACAAUGGGCGGCUGGAGCGACUGUUGGCCCUUUGAUCGGUGGCCUUUUCUCGAGACCAGCUGAACGUUGGCCGAAGUUGUUUGGACGAUCUGACUUCUUGAGAUCGUACCCUUAUUUCAUGCCUUGCGCGGUAGCUGGACUGCUAUCUCUUAUGCUAUUGACAGUAGUUGCUAUGGGAUUGCAAGAGACUCUGCCGGCCGCAAUCAAACGCCAGCAACAAAAAAUUUCACGGCAAUCAUCUAUAUACGCAUCUGAAACGACAACACUUCUAAACCAUGGCGAUGGGUCUGCAUAUAAUAACUCUCAGCUGCCAUCCGAAUCUAUGAUUCCUGACAUACCCGACUCAGAGGAAUCCUCUCCGUCAAUUCGCUCACUUUUGACCCCCCGUCUCAUCAUUCUUCUCAUCAACUACACAUUUCUUGCCUUGGUAGAUCAAUCUCAUCAAGUUCUUCUCCCUCUUACGUACUCCACGUCCAUUCCUUUGGGCGGUCUCGGAUUUGACCCGUUCACCAUAGGUGCUAUCAUGGGCACUUGGGGCAUGAUCAACGGGAUUACACAGUCUAUCAUAUUUGCCCCUUUAGUUGAAAAGCUCGGGGCUAGAAGGCUGUAUGUCGUCGCAUUUGCGUGCAUGUUGCUCGUAUUCCCCGCGUAUCCUCUCAUGAGUUUCCUCACAAAACGCGCGGGGGGCAUAGUCGAUGCAUGGGUAUGGACAGUUCUUAUAAUGCAGUUGGCAUGCAACAGUAUGCUUUUCCUGUGCUAUGGGACCAUGCAAUUAUAUCUUGUCGACAGUGCACCGUCGAAAUCUGCCUAUGGGACGACUAAUGGCAUCGCUCAGAUGACUGCAUCCCUUUGUCGUUCCGUGUCACCCGCGCUCGCAUCGUCUCUCUAUGCCAUCUCUCUAGAGCAUAACCUUCUUGGGGGCUCUAUGGUCUUUUGUAUCCUGUGGAUCAUCACUCUCGCCGGAGUCUUUGCUUCUCUCCAUAUUCCCAGAGCGUUUACUCACCCUCAAUAAGUUCGGGCUCAUCGUGUCAUCUGCACUUGAUUUUUCCUAGCAUCAUUGUGUCACACACCCUCUAUCGUAGGCAACACAUACGAGUGGUAAACUGUGAUGCUUACCAGCACGAUAUAUGCUCCACCCCAUGAUCGAGCAUGAUUGGGUACAUUCUAUCAAGGAUGUCAGCCGAUUUUACAUACCAACUAGCAAUGAAGUAGCCUACCGUGGCAAUGAAGACUCUUAAGAUGGUUUUCCUCU